CUAUUUUUUUUAUUUAUAUCUAUUUUGAGUAUUUAAAUGAUUAAUAUAUUUUCAAUACUUAGUAUUAAUGAUUUAUAUAUUAAAUAAUUCAAUAUAAUAUUUAAUUUAUUUUCGUAAAGAUGUAUGUUCUACAUACGAGUUGACAGAUGAAAUUUUUCUCUAUAAACAAUCUUAUUGUGAGGUAUAUCAUUAUUCUAAACCACAAAUUGUAAUAAGAAAAUAUGGAUAAUGAUCUUGAAAGUGCACUUAUUUGUCGAGGAUGCAUGAAAAAUGAAGGACUUUUAUUAUCUAUGUACGAUGAUGAUGUUAGUAAGAAGUUACUACCAGAAAAAUUAGCUAUUGUUGCUUCAAUUGAGAUUAAUAAAAACGAUGGAUUGCCCCAUUUUUUAUGUACCAAAUGUGCAUAUCGGACUGAAGUAUUUUAUGAUUUCAAACUUCAAGUACAGAAAUCUGAACAACAAUUCCGCAUGAUGUUGGAGAUUCAAAAGAAUUCAUUAUCAGGAACUUUUAAUGAAGACAUUGAAAAAACGAAUACUCUAAAACUAGAUUACAGUUCAUUCGUCUCACCUAAACCUGAAAUAAAUGAUACAAUACCAAAUGUAUAUAUUGAUACUAAUGAUAUACCUGAUAUAGAAAAGUCAUUAACGAAUGAAGAAAUAAACGAGGUUGACUCAAAUGAAACUGAAAAUAAUAUAACAAUUUAUGGAGACCAUGAUCAAUUUUUAUUAUUUAGUGAUAAAAUUGAUGAAAAUAUUAAUUCUCCAGCAGUAGAUUAUGUGUUAUUCUCUUAUAUUUCUGAUGAAAAUAACGAAGGUACGGGAUUAAAAUAUAAAUCAAUAAUCUCCUCCAAUGCCAGUGAAAUGAGUUAUAAAAGUGAUUUAAAUGAUGGUGAUAUUAUAGAAAAAAAUAAAGAAAUUACGUAUAAUGAAAUUGACCAAAUAAAACUUGAUGAAAAUAAUGUCAGUAUAGAUUCGGAUUCUGAUAAUUAUAUUGAUAAUUGUGAUAGUUUAUUAGGUAGUUUAAAUGAUACAAUUGUGAGAAUUAGAGAAAUAAAAUCUGAUGAUGGGAAGAUACAUUAUCAAUGUACAUUAUGUAUGCACAAUUAUAAUCAUUUAAUUGAAAUACUUUAUCAUACAGUAGAUAAUCAUGUGCCAAGUAGUGGUCCAUUUUAUUGUAUCGUAUGUGAAAAAGACUGCAAUAAUCAUAGAGAAUUACGAUCACACAUCAAAACUCAUACAGGUCUCAAUCCAUAUAAAUGUUUUAUCUGCGAUAAAGCAUAUACAAUGAAGAGGUAUUUAAAAAGACACAUGACUUGCCACACAGACUUUGCCAGACACAGAUGUUCAAAAUGUGGAGAACGUUUUAAAAUGAAGCAAGAUUUAGAGAAACAUAUUAAAACUCAUUCAAGUGGUGCACCAUAUACUUGUCAUCAAUGUAAUAAAACCUUUAAUCACAAAGCAACUUAUAAACGUCAUUUAUUAAUGCAUUUAGAUCCUCAACGGCUGUGUUUACCAAAAUAUCCAUGCUGUGUAUGUGGAAAGAGGUUCAUCAAUAAUCGUACAUUACAAAUUCAUAUGCGAGUUCAUACUGGAGAGAAACCAUUCAGUUGUCAUGUUUGUAAUCGAUCGUUUUCACAACAAGGAAACUUAUUAAAUCAUCUUAAAAUUCAUUCAGAGCCUCGUAGGUACACGUGUGAUAUUUGUGGAAAGAGAUUUAAUCAAAGAGCUACAUUACGUGAUCAUAAACUUUUACAUACUGGUGAAAAGCCUCAUGUUUGUAAUGUUUGUGGGCUAGCAUUCACGUUUGGAGCAGCAUUAAGACGACAUUUAUGGUCACAUGCUGAUAAUAAACCAUUUGGAUGUGAAAUAUGUGAUUCUCGUUUUGUGGGCAAGUAUGAUCUAAAUCGUCAUAUGAAGAUCCAUUGGGACAAGUCUAAAUCAAAGCGGAAAAAGAUUAAAAUCAAAGAAAAUCAUGAUAAUGAUAUCACUAUAGAACCUUGUCAACUACAAGACGAUAUUAUAUUGACUCAAGUAGCCUCUGUACCAGAAACAAUAUUUGUUGACAAUGUUCUUAUUGAUCAGAGUAAAAAUCAAAUCGUUAUACCUCAAGAGGAUUCGGAAAAAGAAAAUGUUGAUGCUUUAUUUAAUUUAAUCGAAUAUACAUAA